UGCAGACAACAAACCAAACUCUCUCUCUCUCUCUCACUAUUUUUUUUGUUUUUUUCCCUUUUCAUUUUUCCUUUUACUUGAAGGGACAACUAACUCCUGAAACAAAUACUUUACCUGUAACAAACAACUCCGAUCGCAAAAUCCCCAUGUUUCUAUGAGUUUGGCUGUAUCUAUCAUAUAUGGGCACCUUGCUCCUCUUUUUAUUUAUUUAUUUAUUUUCAAAACCUUGUCAACAAGCAUUCAAAUAUAUAGUUGUCACUUUAUAGUGUUCUACGUCUCCUUACUCUGUUUCUUUUUUUCUUUUUUUUUGUUUCUUUCCACCCAGAUUACUCAUCUUCGCUCUUGACCGAGGUAUGGGAUCCACGGAAAGGACAAAAAAGAGAGUCCAGUUAUGGAAGAAAGCCAUUGUCCAUUUCUCUUUGUGUUUUGUGAUGGGGUUCUUCACAGGCUUCGCUCCAACCGGUAAAGAUUCGAUUUUCUCAUCUAAUAUUCAUGUUACUAAUUCUUCCAAAAACUCAGACUACCGCUUUUCGCCGCAACCUGUCGAAAUGGUGCAGCAAAAGACAAGCGUUGUUAAUAGAAGUUUGAUAGCCGAUGCUCCACUACUGGCAGAGGAAAAAGAAGAGGAUCACUCUCAAAGACAACGUAACGAAGAAGGAAAACAACGACAACCCAAGCUGAAGCAAAGGAAGCUGAUAAUCAUAGUUACUCCGACAAGUACAAAGGACAAGUUUGAAGGUGUGCUUUUGAGGAGAUUAGCUAACACUAUAAGGUUGGUUCCUCCACCAUUGUUAUGGAUUGUGGUGGAAGGGCAAAGUGACUCGAACCAAGUUUCGGAAGUACUUAGGAAAACGGGAAUCAUGUAUAGGCAUUUGGUUUUCAAAGAGAAUUUCACAGAUUCUGCAGCUGAAAUGGAUCAUCAAAGGAAUGUUGCACUCAAGCAUAUUGAGCAUCACAAGCUUAGUGGGAUUGUUCACUUUGCUGGCCUUUCUAAUAUUUAUGAUCUUGGAUUCUUUGACGAGCUCAGACAAAUCGAGGUAUUUGGGACAUGGCCUAUGGCUCUACUUGCAGCAAACAAGAAAAAGGUGAUAAUUGAAGGACCGGUAUGUGAUUCUUCGCAGGUUAUAGGAUGGCAUCUGAGGAAAAUGAACAAUAACGAAACAGAUUCUAAACCUCCAAUUGACAUCUCCAGUUUUGGAUUCAAUAGCUCAAUCCUUUGGGACCCCGAGAGAUGGGGUCGCACUUCAUCUGUUCAAAGUACCUCACAGAAUUCAAUCAAAUUUGUGAAACAAGUUGUGUUUGAAGAUGAGACUGAAAUAAAGGGAAUCCCACCAGAAGACUGUUCAAAGAUCAUGCUCUGGCGUCUUCAUACCAAGGAUUUGUAAAAGUAGAGCAUCAAAAUAUAUAUACUUGGCAGCUUGAAAAUUUAAAUGCUGCUACUAAAAUUGAAGGCAAAAUAAGUGAAAACACCAUCAUUUGUUGUGUGGGUUCUGUUUCGGUGGCUGCUUUUGAUUUACAUAGAGGAGGAUGAGGGUGGAAGUAGAAGAAGAAAGAAAAGAAAGAGUCUAAAAGGCAUGCAAUUGCAAAGAAGAAAAAUUUAUAAAAUAAAAAAAAAAUUUGUUGGAUCUUAUAUUUAGACGAAGUUUUUUUUUUUUUUUUUUUUUACAUGUGUCAAUUUUUUACUGGUGGUCGCACCAGCUAGCUUAUACAACCAUCCCAGGGAAGGAUUUCUCCCAGAAUCCUACAGCUUACUGGAAUCGUUGUUUCUUCCUUUCCUUUUAUGUAAAUGUGAUAUAAUUUUUUAUUUUUAAUAUGCGUGCUCCAUUUUCUUUUAA